UAUUAAUAAAUGUGCUAUUAUAAGUGAACUAUAUUAUACCAUAUAAGUCUGCUUUUUUGUAAUUUGCAGCGAUCCUGGUGAAUUGUAGAAUUUUCCGUUAUUUCAAUCAACGAGACAAAGACUACAAGCAUCGAUAAAGGUACCGUCCAAGAGGGCUGUUCAGCCUUUUUGAUAUCAUGAAUGAGUCUAGGCAAAGAGGUAGCGAUAUGGAAGUAGAUGAUAAUAUUAUUGCUCCGGUAGAAGUACCAAUGGAAGUCGAUGAAGAUACAUCUGAAAGAGAUCCUAAUGCAUCUGCUAGUCUUGCAAGUGCAAUGAAAGUUAUGGCAUCUUCUGGUACAGUUGGUUCCGUAUCUAUCAGUUUACAUCCUUUGGUUAUCAUGAAUGUUAGCGAACACUGGACUAGGUUAAGAGCUCAAGAAGGAACCGAACAAUUAGUUUAUGGAGCGUUAAUAGGAAAACAGAAAGGACGUAAUAUAGAAAUUAUGAAUUCCUUUGAGUUAUUAUUUACAUGCAUUGCUGAUGAUGUUAUCAUCGAUAGGGAUUACUAUAAUACAAAAGAAGAACAAUUUAAACAAGUCUUUAGUGAAAUGGACUUUCUUGGGUGGUAUACUACUGGAGAUAUGCCCAAUGAGAGAGAUAUUAGAGUACACAAACAGAUUUGUGAAAUCAACGAAAGUCCGGUACUUUUAAAAUUGGAUCCAAGACCAAAAAAUACAGAUCAAUUAUCUGUUUCUAUGUAUGAGUCUGUGAUUGAUUUAGUUAAUGGAGAAGCAACUAUGCUGUUCGUUCCAUUAACUUAUACGUUAGCUACGGAAGAAGCAGAAAGGAUUGGAGUUGAUCAUGUUGCCAGAAUGUGCAGCAAUGAACAGGGAGAAAGUUCUUUAGUGGCAGAACAUUUGGCAGCUCAACACAGUGCUAUUAAGAUGUUACAUUCGAGAGUAAAAUUAGUUUUAAGAUACGUGCAAGCGGUACAGAAUGGCGAAUUAAAAGGAAAUCACGAAGUUUUAAGAGCAGCCUGUUCUCUUGGAUAUCGUUUACCUGUGUUAAAUAAUCCUAAAUUUAGAGCUGAUUUUUAUAAUCAAUGCAAUGAUUUCGCUCUGAUGACAUACUUGGGCAUUAUAACCAAAGGUUGCAAUAAUAUAAAUCAAUUUGUAAACAAAUUUAAUAUACUAUAUGAUAGACAAGGUGUUGGUCGGCGUUUGCGAAGUUUGUUUUUUUGAUAAGUGAAUGGAACAUUUUGUUUUUUAUACUUUCCUUUUCUUACACCUUAUUAAAAUAAUAAACUCAGGAUUUUUUGAAAAUGAAAUCAUCAGUGCAAUCGGUGAGUAAAUUUUGCAAAAUAAUGGAGUACAUUGUAUUGAAUACGGAAUAAAGCGCUAAGCAGGUACACUCAAACUUUAGUUUUAUAAGUUAAUCGACUGAAGUAAGACGUUUCACUUAUAUGAAAAAAAAAAAAGAAAAAAAAAUAUAGCUAAACGUAAUAAUGAAGAAUAUUUAUGAUACUUAUAAAAAAUAUUUGUAUACCUUAUUCGUAUGCUUUGAUUUAGAAACAAUAAACCAGGAAUGCGGUAUCUCAUUAAUUGUGUUGUAGGAUAUAUUAACUAUCUCUAAGAUGUAAAGUCAAUAAAGCCUGUGAUGCAUUGUGUGAAUUAUAUUGCUUUACUUCACAUUCAGUUUUGUAUUAUGUUAUAAAUAAUAUUGAAAGAACAAUUUGAUAUAAUCUAUCGAAUAUUAAGUAAAAAACAUUUCAUAUGUCGAUUAUGUAAUUGCAUGUAAGUCGAUUUAUAGUGAAAUUUUGUUUAAAAUUAAUUCCAUUAGGCUUUUCUCUCUUAUUAUAAUAUAAAAAAUAAUAGAUACUUUUUACAUAAGUUUAUACGGUUGCGUACGUUCAAUACAAACAUAAUAUAAUACGUUCAAAAAUGAGAUACAUAUAAAUAGUACAUAAGAGAAUUGUUUAAUGAAUACUUUCACUCGUUGUUUUGUAAUGGAAGACCUCGUGUUAAUAGAUGCAUUCUCCUUCACAGGCUACAUUAAUGUCUAUUCCAUAUAAUUAGAUGUAUACAAAUUAUUUAAUAUAUAAAAGCAGCCUGUAUAUUUGUUUAUAAAAUAUGACAAAAAAUUGUUCUAAAAUUCUAUUCAUUGUUGCAAUACCUUAGCUGUAGAAAGUUGUAAACCGCAAAGAUUAUUCAUCAAAUGGGAAAUUUUCUGAUCAAUACUCUUUCACUUUUUACACUUUAUUUCUGAGAUUGAGGCUUGCAACCUUAUUUGCUAAAAUUGUUUAUUAUUCUUAAACUAGAGUUUAUUGUAUUGUGCAGAGUUUUAUUUAUAGUAAAAGCAGUAUCUUUGAUUAUUCUGGAUGAAAAAAUCUUAUUCAUAAAAGCGUAGAGUUCGCUUUUAAAAUAUCACUUUGGGAGUAAAACUUUGUCUCAUUAAAUAUUGAUAUAUCUGCUGCAAAAAAUAGAAUUUCUUUUUUAUUUUUAUAGGUGUAUAUAAAUUUUGUGAAAUAUUUUUGUUAUUUUUGGACCAUAUGGUUACAAAUUGAGUAUAGAUAAACUUAUUUUCUUUUAAACAUAAAA